UUUGUUGACAUUCGUGUCAAAAGUCAGUCAAAGCCGGCCCGGUGGCUCGGUCUACACGGAUGAAUGGGGAUCGGUUCUACCUCCGCAUCCGCAAAUCCUGCGGGGUACAUGAGUUAGUGCUUCCUCCGUGAAGAGAAACAAUCCACAAGAAAGCAUGGAAGAUCUCCUCAAGAAAGAACUGGGUCUGAGUUUUGUCAAGAAGAGCGGAAGUUCAGCAGGGGGAUGUAUAAACAGCGGCCAAGGGUACGAGACAGAUCAAGGAAAGAUCUUUGUUAAGAUGAAUGAAAAGAAAGAGACAAGACGUAUGUUCGACGGUGAGCUUGCAAGCUUAAAGGCAAUCCUAGCUUCUUCCACCGUUAAAGCCCCUAAGCCCAUGAAGGUUCUCCCUCACCCAACAUCAGAGGGCGCUAUACUAGUCACGGAAUACCUAGACAUGACAGGGUUGAGUUCUCAGGCUGCAAAGCUGGGUGAGCAACUCGCCAGGAUGCAUCUGUUCAAUGGAGAACUCAUAAGGCAGAAGGGAAUGACAGAGCAGCGAGUCGGAGUGGGGUCUGACGAGGGUUGCGUCACCCAGUUUGGUUUCCCUAUCACCACCUGCUGUGGAUUCAUCCCACAGGACAAUGAAUGGAGCAGUGAUUGGGUGAGCUUCUUCACAAGGUCUCGUCUGAAGCUCCAAGUAGACUUGAUUGAGACUGAGUACCACGACCGGGAAGUCAGGGAGUUAUGGCCUCAACUGGAAAGGAAGAUUGCAGGAUUGUUUGAAGGGAUUGAAAUCCAGCCUGCUUUGCUCCAUGGUGAUUUAUGGAGCGGCAACGUGGCACAAACAUCAACUGAACCAGUGAUAUUUGAUCCAGCAAGUUUCUUUGGUCAUUCAGAGUUUGAUUUGGCUAUAGCUGGUAUGUUUGGCGGAUUUGAUAGGGGUUUCUACACAGCGUACCAUAACCUAAUACCCAAGGCAUCGGGAUUCGACAAGAGACAAGAACUCUACAAGCUCUUCCAUUAUCUUAAUCAUUGGAAUCAUUUUGGAACUGGGUACAAAGGAUCGUCGAUUUCAAUAAUGCAAUCGUUGCUACGAUGAAAGUGCUGAUGGUGACGUCGUCAUCCAAUUUUUGCAAUGCAGCAAUGGAUAUAACUUUAGUUUCCAUCUUAUGUCUUACUCCCAGAACACAGAGGGUUUGUAACCAUACAUUGUUCACUGAGGUAACCAGACUAUUUUUGCAGAUUGCACAGGGGCAACCUCCCAUUGCCUCGUUAAUGAGUUUUGUUGAUUUGUAAUCACCAGAACUGCAUUCAGUUUUUAACUUCUUUUUGCCAAGACUGAAAUUAUUGUGCUGCAUUGUACAGGGCCCAUUUUCGUCACGCUGAAAACGAUACUAAGCACAACAAAAUUGCUGUUUAUUAAAGGCACUGGAUACUAUGGUAGUUACUCAAAAUAGUUGUUCGCAGAAAACCGUACUUGGUGACGAGCAAUUGAGAGCUGUUGAUAGUAUAACACAUUCUGAAAACCGGCUCUCUCUGCAGUACCUUGAGAAAGAGGUUUCUUCUCUCUCAAUAAUACUUUAAAUUCAUCUGAAAGUACACAAUUUUACAAUUUUUUUUUUCAUUAUUCUCUUCACACUUGGAUUACCAAUAAAGGUUUGUUACUCUAUGCAUAUAUUGGGAUGCACUAAAACGUGUCCAGUGCCCUUAAAUGCAUGCAGCCGUUAUCCGAUCUUCCACAUCCUCUUACCUUCAACUGAUGCCUGGUCCUCGUGUGAAAACACGCUACGGUGACAGAGCUUUCUCUGUUGCAGCUCCAAAAUUAUGGAACACUCUCCCUCCCAAAAUUCAAAAUGCUUCUUCCUUACAGACAUUUAAAACGAUGUUGAAAACUCACUCGUUCAAAUCUUUGUAGUUACCCCAUUCUGCAGCUUGUUGUUAUCUGUUAACUGUGUUUAUUUCUCAUGUUUAUUCUGCCUUUGUUAUAUGCUUCUUUUGUUUAUACAUGUUUAUUGUUCUUUAUAUUUUGGUGCUGUUGCCCUGGUUUACUAUAGUCUUCACCAGGACACCAGCACCAUGCGCUUAGAAACGUAGUAUUAAGCGCGGUAUAAAUUUGUUGUAUUAUGUUAAUGGUAAUUUACAGAUGCAUUAUCAUUUCUGUUUUGCAAAUCCAUCCUGCUCUAAACAAUUAUAAAUAGUCCCCAACAAGCCAGAGGGGAUGUCAAUGUAAAAAGCUUUUAAAAUGUAUCGCAUUUCCUGAAGUGUGGGGGUAAGUUUAAUUGGUUCAUCUUUUAACCAAGAGGCAAGUUUUGAUCUGUUUUCCCCCAACUCAAUUUGUUUAGCUUUGACCAUAUUUGACCAGCAGUCAUUGUUGUGAUGAAUAUACAUUGUAGAAGGUCUUAUAGGGGAUUUAGUCUCCGGUGAACUGAAUAUGUGCCCCACACGGUAAAAUAGGCUGGGAGACAUUGAUUCAAAAGAGGGCGCUAUCAGAUGAAAUUUUAACGCAGUUCGUCGUAUAGGUGAAUUGUGCUAUUACACAGUUGAAAGCCCCAAAAUAGGUACAGUGUUGCCCAGUGGUCUAGGGGUUAUUGACUUUCGACUUGAGGCAUUUUGGAUGACAUAGGGCCCUGAUGGUCCUUUUUGCCGGGAGGUGUAGGGACAUUUUUCAAGAAUGAAGUUUGGACGAUUGGAAAAUUAAACUGAUGUGGGGUGUUUUUGUUUUGAGGUCACCAGAGUAAAUGGCCCAGGGACUCCCCCCAUAUCAAAUCCAGCAGUGGAGAAAAGAGCAAGAAUCAAUUGAUCAUUUUCCCUUCACUGUAAAAAGAUGUGAGACUUAUAAAUUAUUUGUGUAGUAUUUUGUUCCUUUUGUUUUAACUUGGCAUUUUGUACUGAAUUUAGUGGGCUGCACCUGUGAAACAGACUCACCUGGCCCAUCUUGGCCACACCGGUGUCACAGGGAUUUCUGUUGACCGCCGGAAAUUCGGUCCCCAAUGGGAAAUAAACAUGGGCUUAGAGGAGGAUGAUUCAAAAGAGGCCGCUAUCAGAAGUAGUUCGUUCACAGUUUGCCAUGUGGGGGACCGAAUCUCCGGGGGACAGAAUCCCAUGCCACACCGGCUCCUACGUAAGCUGACAAACAGGUUUUAUAAUUGAAAUGUUUUAAAUGGAUGAGCAUUUUACACCCUGGGGUGAAAAUUACCCUUUAUACAUCUCGCCCAUUGUUAUUGUUGUUUCUCGCUGCUUGCUAUAAACAGCUUUAAACAAAAAAGUAAGCAUCUGUUUCUUGUCAACUGUGAAAUAUUUUUUUGCAAAUCCCUGGAGCACAGGAAAUAAAUUGAAGUCGUAAAGAGCUGUCUAUGGAACGACA